AUGGUCGGAACGAUAGACGAACACGAUGUGAUGGAGGGUGCCGAAGAUGGCCAGGACGAUGUGGGAUCAGAUACACACGAGAACGGCAAUGCAGAAGGGCGAGGCUCGACCGACGCUGGCAACAAGUUCCAGCAGGCGGUGGCAGCAUGGCGCUCGCUGGACUUGACCAAGCUCGUGUCAAACCUGGAUACCACUGCCUCUGAGAUGGUGGACCAGCAGAAAGACUCAUUGGUACAACGUAAAGAGCUCGCUCAAAAGACCAAAGACUUCCGCAAGCUGGACGACUCGGGCAAGCUGUCAGAGAUCAAGGACCUCCUCAAAGCAUAUCAGGGCUACAUUGAUGUUCUCACUAACCAUAACAAGGCUGUGUCGGCAGCUUUCAUGCAGGCCUACUCUCCUUUAUCAGAAGCACCCGAUCCAUACCCAUUACUGGAGGCGUCUAUCGAUUCGCUGGUCACGGCGGAUGAGGUCGUGCCAAAGCUGGAGUCUGAAAAUGAGAGGUUACACAAGCAGGUGUCGAAGCUGAACGAACAGCUUGAAGAGACAGAGACGGAGUUGGAGCAAGAGCGGACUAAGAGGCAAUCGUUUGAGGGCUCGCAAGACUCUCGCAUCAAAGAGGUCGAAGAAUCUUGGUCUGCCGUUUUGAAGGAGAAGGAAGACAACUGGACUUCCAAGGAACACAGUCUGGAAGAGAAAGUUGAGAACCAGGAUAGACUGCUCAAGGAGCUCAAAGCCAGCUACGAGGUAUCUCAGCGGCUGGAAAAGUCUGGCGAAGAUACACACGACAUGGGCCGUAAUAGCGCGUCGGCCGCUGAGCUGGAGAUCGUCAAUUCGGAGCUUGAAAGGACCAACAUGCGGCUUGCUGAAGUUGAGGGCAGAAACGAGCAACUGCGAUUAGAGCUCGCCCAAUCCACAAGUCAGUCCAACAGUUCAGCGCGGAGCACGGCAGUAGAAGACGAUCCUGCAUUCUUGCGUCUCCGCUCUGAGAACUCAUCUCUCCUUCGAAGACUUGACUCGGCGCGACACGACAAGGACAAAGAAAAGGUCGAUCGUCAAAACAAGCUUCGCAGUGUUGAGCGAGACAUUUCGUCGCUGAAAGCCGAUCGAGAUGCUCUCCAAGCCAAAGUCCAGAAAUGGGGCGAUUACGACGAAGUGAAGCGUGAGCUUGAGAUGCUACGGGCCAUCGAGUUUGCAAGCGUCGAAGAUCAAGACGCUGAAACUGAGGAUGCAAGUCAUGCGCAUGGCUCGGCUGGCAAGGAGUCGCUGGAACAAUUACUGGUCGCAAGGAACAAGAAGUUGAGCAAUGAGUUGACUGAGCUUCGGGUGUCUCACCAAGAGCUGCAGAGGAGGUUGGAGCAGCUGCAAGAAGACCUCUCAAGCACAAACAUGGAGCUUGAGAAGGCGCGUAAUCUCAACGCGACAUUGGAGAACGACCUCCAAAAGACGCAACAAGAAGCGUCCAACGCUUUCGAAACCAUGUCUGUGGCAGGUACAUACACGUCGCGGUACCCCAAGUCACAAUAUGGCAGCCGACGAGGAGGAGGUGCGUCUCCAACAUCAUCCAUCAUUGGAGGCUUCGACCCCUCGUCUUCUGGCCCAGGAACACCAAGGGCGACUCUCGAGUCUCUGCGAGCCGGAGAGCCAGUGGGUGGAGGGUCGGGGAUCCUGCCAAUGGUGACUGCUCAGCGCGAUCGCUUCAAGAAGAAGAUCGGCGAGCUCGAGCAAGAGCUGCAAAAGCAGUAUCAGACUGUGUCGUCGCUUCGAUCUGAGAUCGCGUCACUGCAAAAGGACAACCUCAACUUGUACGAGAAGACACGCUAUGUGUCCACUUACAAUAGAGGCCAGCCAACGACCUCUGGCGCAGCGUACGGGUCCAACCCGAAUCCCUCGACUGUUCAAGUCGGCUCGGCAGACACACCAUCAGGCCUGUCACUUGACCGAUAUCGAUCUGCUUACGAGCAAAACAUAUCCCCCUUUGCGGCCUUCCGUGGGCGCGAGUCCGCCAGGGCACUGAAACGAAUGAGCCUACCCGAGCGAGCGGUCUUCCAGAUUACGCGCAUGGUCUUGGCCACACGCACGAGCAGGAAUCUAUUUGCUUUGUACUGCUUGGCUUUGCAUCUGCUGGUGUUCUUCAUGCUUUAUUGGAUGGGGUCCGUGGACAUCGAGAAACACGCAAGCAAUUUGAGCGCCAGUGUAGCUGGAUCAGGAGCCGCCGCCGCUGCUGCCAAUGCUGCUGGUGGAGGCGCGGCAGAUCAUGGCGAUUGGAAGCAGGAGGGCUUCAAGGCUGAUAGCUCGUGA